UUUUUCUCAAUUUCAUUCAUUCACAUUGAAAAAAGUCUAAAGUCUUCAGAAUAAUUUGUACAAAGAUAACAAAAUCAAAAAAAAAAAAUACCCCAUAAUAAAAAUCAUUCAGAAUGGCAUUUUUUACACACCAACAAUUAACAACAAAUAAAUGGUUAAUAACAAUCACAGUUCUUUGCGCCUUAACAAAAUUUACCCAAGCCGACAAUUGUUUUCCAUCACGUUCAAUAUACUGCUAUGAAUGUGAUUCCUGGACUGAUGCUAGAUGUAAGGAUCCCUUUAACUAUACUGCAUUGCCAAGAGAUCAGCCACCAUUGAUGACAUGUAAUGGCUGCUGUGUUAAAAUGGUGCGACACUCAAAAUCACCUUAUGAAGUUGUUCGGCGUAUGUGUACGUCACAAUUACAAAUAAAUUUAUUUAUGGUCGAUCAUGUGUGCAUGAUGGAAAGUUCAGGCAAUGGACAUAUGUGCUUUUGUGAGGAAGAUAUGUGCAAUUCUAGUAAAAAUUUAUACACUUCAUCCAACAUACCAUACAUAGUAGUCAUAUUACUAACAUUAUUAGUAGUGCUAAAUACACGUCUAUUACCUUCAAUAUCAUCAUCUUCAUUUGCAUUAUCAAAUCUUUUAGCUCCUGUAACACAUAGAUAAAUACUUUAUCUAACUCUCUGUUACUUUAUCUCACUUACAUUAGAUACAUACAUAAAAAAAAACACACACACAUCCCUUAUCAUAGAUAUCCUUCUCUCUUACUUUCUCUCUCUUUCACUCUCAUACAACUAUCGUAUCUCGUAGAGUUUGUAAUGCUAAAGACAUGUUUGAAACAAAACCAACAACAACAAAAAUCAAUUACUACUAUUUAAUUUUUAA